UUUGUUCCGCACUCGAGUUAGCGAACUUAAGGUUUCCACAUCUCUCACCACCGGCAAGCAAGCAGAGCCGCCCCCGCGCACCAUAUUUCAACGGCCGCCACGGCUUCCAUUUCUCAUUUCCUCCCCAAUCAAUCGGGUAGCGGAGAAGCUCCCCUAUAAAAUACAGGAAAAGGAACAAAAGUUCCAGGCGAUUAGACAAUGCCGAAGGGAGAAAAAACCGGUCUUGGCCGGGCUCUGGUGAAGCACCACAAUCAGAUGAUACAGCAGUCGAAGGAGAAAGGGAAUUAUUACAGAAGCCAGCAAAAGAAGUUCCUGGAAUCGGUCACGGAGGUCAGCGACAUUGACGCUGUUAUCGAGCAGGCGGACGAGGCCCACCGCUUAUUCUCAACCCUAAACCCGCCUGCAAAUUUGCCUAUCAAUUUGGACUCUGCUUCCAACACUAGUGAGAUGACGGCUGAGGAAAAAAGGGAGCAGCAGAAGAAAGAGGAGGCUUUGCAUGCCAGCAGCCUUCGUAUUCCUCGCAGGCAUUAGUUUGCUGUCAUAUAAUUUUGCAUUGAUUUUUGUUUCUCUUUUUGGUUUUUGUUGACGGAAAAGAUGAUUCCAAAAAUUGUUUCCAGACCGCCGUGGAAUUCCAAGAUGUCAGUAGAAGAGCUAGAUGAUAAUGAGAGACGAGCUUUUCUUGAGUGGCGCCGAAGCCUUGCGAGGCUUGAGGAGAAUGAGAAACUAGUUCUUACUCCAUUUGAGAAAAAUCUAGAUAUCUGGAGACAGCUCUGGAGGGUGCUUGAACGUAGUGAUCUGAUUGUGAUGGUUGUUGAUGCCAGGGACCCUCUCUUCUACCGCUGCCCCGAUCUUGAGGCGUACGCAAGGGAAAUCGACAAACACAAAAGGACAAUUCUCCUAAAUCCCAAAACAAUCCCAAAACACGAAAUAAUCUACAGAGACCAAUGGGCCAAAUACUUCCGCCGUAACAAGAUUCUCUUCGUUUUCUGGUCGGCCAAAGCUGCAACCGCCAUAUUACAAGGGAAAAGCCUCGACCCAUCUCCCGACAGCCACAGUGACACAGCCAAUACCGACACUAAAAUACACAACAGGGACGAGUUACUCGCACGCCUCCAAUCAGAAGCUGAGGAGAUAGUUUCCAUGCGCACUGAGUCUAAGCCCGAUAGCAUUACGGGCCCGGCCCGAAACGUGAUUAUCGGUUUCGUCGGGUAUCCAAACGUGGGCAAGAGCUCGACAAUCAACGCCUUAGUCGGCGAAAAGCGUACAGGCGUGACCUCAACUCCUGGAAAGACCAAACACUUCCAAACCCUAAUAAUAUCCGAAAAACUCACUCUGUGUGACUGCCCAGGAUUGGUUUUCCCGUCUUUUACCAGCUCGAGGUACGAAAUGGUGGCCUCUGGGGUUUUGCCCAUUGACCGCAUGACGGAGCAUCGUGAGGCCGUGCAAGUGGUUGCGAACCGGGUCCCGAGGCCCGUUAUCGAGGCCGUGUACAAAAUAUCUUUGCCGAAGCCCAAACCAUACGAGGCCCAAAACCGGGCGCCUCUGGCAGUCGAGCUUCUGAGAGCAUAUUGUGCCUCCCGUGGAUAUGUGGCGUCUGCUGGGCUCCCAGAUGAGACGAGAGCAGCUCCUUCUGUUGGGAUUGGCAGUGUGAGGGCAAAACCGUCACGUGCUCCUCAUAAGCAGCAUAAGAAGCCCCAGAGGAAGAAAGAUCGGUCGUGGAGGGUGAAAGGUUCGGAAGGUGAUGGGAUGCCGGUGGUUAGGGUUUUUCAGAAGCCGGUGAAUAAGGGCCAUUAG